CCCAGAGCAUGCGCUGCUCUGGGUGGCGGAGCGCGGCACGGCGGGCGGUUGGCGGCGCAGCACUUCCUCGGCAGCCGCGGCGGCAGCCAGCUACCACGGCCCUUACAUUGCUGCCGUGCGGGGCCGUGGUGCCGGUCGCGGACCCCGGGGCUGCGCGCUGGCGAGCCGCUCCCCGCCCACUCUACGCCCGAGGGUUGAAGCGGCGAGCGGGGCGCCGCGGCGGCGGCCAUGGGCAACGAGGCGAGCCUGGAAGGAGGCGAAGGGCUGGGUGCUUUCCCCGAAGGGGCGGCGGCAGCCGGGGAUGGCGGCGGCCCCGCGGCCCCCUUGCAGCACCUUGUCCCGGCUGGGGUGGAGGCCGACCUGAGCCAGCUGAGCGAGGAGGAGAGGAGGCAGAUCGCCGCUGUCAUGUCAAGGGCGCAGGGGCUGCCCAGAGGGAACCUCGCCGGCGCGGAGCCGCCUCCCAUGCAAAGACAUCCUGAGCUUGAUACAAGCCACCAUCCCAGGCUGCCAGCUAAGCCUCCAGAUCCAGGACCACCAAGUUUAAGUAAAAGCAGAACAGUAGAUGUGCUGAAGACAGAACAACGUGCACCUGGACGGAGCCCUUCCUCUAUUAGUUUAAAGGAAUCAAAGUCCAGGACUGAUUUUAAAGAAGAUCAGAAGCCAAGUAUGAUGCCCAGUUUCCUCUCAGAAGCCAAUCCAUUGAGUGCCGUCACUUCAGUUGUGAACAAAUUCAACCCUUUUGAUUUGAUAUCAGAUUCAGAUGCAACUCAUGAUGAAGCCAGUAAGAAACAAAAAGUUGCCCCAAAAGAGCAAGGGAAACCUGAAGAACAGAAGAGCCCCGCAAAACAUCCAGCUCAGCAACAGUCUCCAAAGCAAGUUCAACAGCAAGGACCUGUCAGACCUACCCCCCAGCAAACUGGGUCUUCCAAACCUAUGCCUCAGCAGCAGUCUGGGGAACCAAAGCCAGUUCAGAAACCAGGUCCUGGCCAUCCAGCAGACGCUAAGCUAGAACAAGGGAAACAACCACCCCAGCCGCGAGGACCACAAAAAUCUCAGCCCCAACAGUCAGAACCAACAAAGCCCAUUCAACAACAAACUUCUGCAAAACCUCCAUCAGGACCUUCAAAACCAUCAGCACAGCAACCAGACAGUUCUAGAACAUCAUCCCAAGCACCACCUCCCACAAAAGCAGCAUCACAGCAGCCAGGACCUGUAAAGCAAUCAUCUCAACAGCCAGCUCGACAAGGAGGUCCUAUAAAGCCAUCUUCCCAGCAAGCAGGGUCUCCAAAACAGCCUGCUCAGCAGCCUGGACCCGAAAAACCAUCUGCUCAGCAAACAGGACCUACAAAGCAACCAUCACAGCCUGGACCUGGAAAGCCACCUACACAGCAAACAGGGAUUGUAAAACAAGCACCACCACAGGCAGGGUCUACAAAACCAUCUUCUCAAACUGAAGGAGCCACAAAGUCCCCAGCACAACAGCCAGGACUUACAAAACCACCAGGGCAGCAACCAGGGCCUGAAAAACCCUCACAGCAAAAGCAACCUGCUGACUCCACCCCAAAGAAAACCUUCUGUCCUCUUUGCACAACCACUGAACUACUUCUGCAUGCUCCAGAAAAGGCCAAUUACAACACAUGCACACAGUGCCACACUGUUGUCUGCAGCCUUUGUGGAUUCAAUCCUAAUCCUCAUAUAACAGAGAUUAAGGAAUGGCUCUGUUUAAACUGCCAAAUGCAAAGAGCGUUAGGUGGUGACCUAGCACCAGGUCACGGUCCUGGACCACAGCCAUCUCUACCCAAACAGAAGACACCUGUUCCACCUUCAACGGCUAAACCAUCUCCCCAGCCACAACCACUUCAAAAGAAAGAUGCUUCUCCAAAACCUGAUCCUUCACAGCCAGCAGAAUCAAAAAAAACCCUGCCACAGAAAAAGCAGCCCUCCUUGCCUGGGUCUCCCCCUGUGAAAUCAAAGCAACCUCGUGCUGAGCCUAGUGAGAUCUCCCAGCAAACAGAUCCUGCUCCAAAGCCUGAAGAGGCUAAGACAGCACAGGCUGAAGAUAAGCAAAAACAACCCAGUGCACAGAAGCCUGCAGGGGACGCUGUGCCUACCUCUGCAGCACCAGGGCCGAAACAGGAUUCAUCAGGUCCUAGACCUCUACCAACUCAACAGAAAGUGGCAGAUUCCCCAAAGCCAGAUCUAGCCAAGUCAUCACAGGACGCACAUCCAGCUGAGGAUAAACCAGAUUCCAAACCCCUUCCACAAGUGUCUCGACAGAAGUCAGAUCCCAAGCUUGCAUCUCAGCCUGGGGCUAGACCAGAUGCUAAAACUCAGAAGCCUGUCGAGCCCACACAAACAAAAGAUGAUCCUAAGAAGUUACAAACAAAACCGGCCCCAAAGCCUGAUACUAAACCAGCUCCCAAGGGCCCACAAGCAGGGGCAGGUCCCAGACCAGCACCAGCACAGCCGGCACCGCAACCUCAGCCUCCUCAGAAGGCUCCUGAGCAAUCGAGGCGUUUCAGCCUUAAUCUGGGAGGCAUCACUGAUGCCCCUAAACCUCAGCCUACAACACCACAAGAAACAGUUACUGGGAAACUCUUUGGAUUUGGAGCUUCAAUCUUCAGCCAGGCCUCAAAUUUAAUUUCCACAGCAGGUCAGCCAGGGUCUCAGACACCAGCCCCUGCUACACCUGGUCCUGCAGCAAAGCCAUCCCAGCCUCCAUCACAACCUCCAGCCUUUCAGGCAGCCCCCAAAGAGGCAGGUCCAGCCCAGCCUCCUGCAAAAGCUAUCCCUGUAAAGAAAGAAGCCAAGCCUGUUACAACUGAAAAGCCAGAACCACCAAAACCAGAUAGUGGUUUAGCAACUAAAGGAGCUGAUUUAGAAAAGAAACCUGCUUUGACUAAAGAUAGCAAGCCUCAGGCUGCUGAAGCUAAGAAACCUGCUGAAACACUGGAACCAGAAAAAGCAAGCAAGCCUGAAAUGUCCUGUCCUCUUUGUAAAACUGGACUAAAUAUUGGUUCUACUGAUCCCCCCAACUUUAAUACGUGCACAGAAUGCAAGAAAGUUGUGUGCAAUCUCUGUGGAUUUAACCCCAUGCCACACAUAGCCGAGGUACAGGAAUGGCUGUGCCUAAACUGCCAGACUCAAAGGGCAAUGUCAGGACAGCUUGGGGAUAUGAGCAAGAUGCCACUUCCAAAAACAGGUCCUUCACAACCAGUAGCCACACCACCUGCUACUCCUCAAAAACAGCCUAUGCCUGCUGUCUCACAUUCCCCUCAGAAGACUUCCACACCACCUACUCCAGCAGCAGCAAAACCAAAAGAAGAACCAGGGGUGCAGAAGGAAAUUCCAAAGGGAAGACUGGAAAAAACGUUGUCAGCUGAUAAAAUUCAACAAGGAGUUCAAAAAGAAGAUGCAAAACUUAAGCAGGGAAAACUUGUCAAGACACCUUCAGCAGAUAAAAUCCAGCGUGUUUCUCAGAAGGAAGACCCAAGACUCCAGCAAUUAAAACUGACAAAGGCAGCCUCAUCUGAUAAAAUUUUGCAUGGACUUCAGAAGGAAGAUGCAAAAUUUCAAGACACAAAACUGUCAAAAACUUCCUCAGCUGAUAAAAUCUUGCAUGGAGUUCAGAAGGAAGAUAUAAAACUUCAAGAGGUAAAAUUGGCAAAGGUACCUUCAGCAGACAAAAUUUUACACGGAAUUCAGAAAGAAGAUCCAAAACUCCAACAGGUGAAAAUGACAAAGGCACUAUCUGCUGACAAAAUCCAACCUGUAGAUCAGAAGGAAGGUGCAAAACUUCAGGAGGUCAAAUUAUCAAAGGCAGCUUCAGCUGAUAAAAUCCAACAUGGAACUCAGAAAGAAGAUUCAGAAUUUCAACAUGAAAAAAUCAUAAAAUCCUCAGUGGAACAAGAAGCUCAAAAAGAAGAAUCAAAACUUCAGCAAGUGAAACUGUCCAAGACUCUUUCAGCAGAUAAAAUUCCUGCAGUAACUUCAGACCAAAAGAAACCACUAAGUACUUUGGAAGAAGACAAAAAACUUGUGCUCCCAGAAAAGAUCACACCGCAUCUAGAAGAUAAAAAAGCACAAAUUACAGCUGAGCCUAAAGACCAUAUUGCUGAACAGAAAGCAAAAGGUGAAGCACCUUGCAGGGGACUGCAAGCUAAACAGCAAGAGGAUAUUAAGAAAGAGAGUCUGGCAACUGGAAUUUCACAAAUAGCUUUGAAAGAUGAAAAAGCUCAGGAAAAAGACAUUCCUGUUCAAACAGCACCUUUGCCAGGAACUGACCAUGUGGAAACAGCAAGAGAAAAAACUGAAAAGGAGGAUGACAAAUCAGACACAUCAAGCUCUCAUCAACAGAAAAGUCCACAAGGUUUGAGUGACACCGGCUAUUCUUCUGAUGGGAUAUCAAGUUCACUGGGUGAAAUUCCAAGUCAUAUCCCCAGUGAUGAAAAAGAUUUACUGAAAGGAUCUAUUAAAAAAGACACUAUUUCACAAGAAAGUCCACCAAGCCCCUCAGACCUAGCUAAACUGGAAAGUACUGUACUGUCCAUUUUGGAAGCUCAGGCAAGUUCACUCUCUGAUGAAAAAUCGGGGAAAAGCAAAGAGCUUUUUGAAGCCUAUGGUGGACAGACAAAGGAUCAACAUAAAACAAAGCCUUUGCCAGUCACUCCAGAGUCUUACAGUUCAGAUGAGGAAGAUUUAGAAGCUAUUAAAAAAGAUGAGGGAACCAUUGUAGAGGGUGGCAAAGGAAGGACCUCCUCCCAGGCAGAAUACAAGGAAGCUGAUGAAGGAGAUAACAUAUUGGCAAGAAGACAACGCUAUGAUUCUGUGGAAGACAGCAGUGAGAGUGAAAACUCACCUGUCCCAAGGAGAAAAAGAAGAACUAGUGUUGGUUCUUCAAGUAGUGAUGAGUUCAAACGAGAUGACAGUCAGGGAUCAGGUGAUGAGGAGGACUUCAUUAGAAAACAGAUUAUAGAGAUGAGUGCCGAUGAAGAUGCCUCUGGUUCUGAAGAUGAUGAAUUCAUUAGAAGUCAACUCAAAGAGAUCAGUGCAACUGAAAGCCAAAAAAAGGAAGAAGUCAAAAGCAAAGCCAAAGGAACAGCUGGAAAACAUCGAAGAAUGGCAAGAAAAAUUAGUGCAGGCUAUGAUGAGGAUGCAGGGAGAAGACAUUCAUGGCACGAUGAUGAUGAUGAGACUUUUGAUGAAAGUCCAGAGCCAAAAUACAGGGAAAGUAAAAGUCAAGACAGUGAAGAACUUACAGUAACUGGAGGAGGAGGUCUUCGGCGUUUCAAAACAAUAGAAUUAAAUAGUACAGUAACAAAUAAAUAUUCUGAAGCAUCUGAACAGAAAGGUGGCUUAUAUUUUGAUGAAGAGCCUGAGCUAGAGAUGGAGAGUCUUACAGAUUCACCAGAAGAUAGAUCUAGAGGAGAAGGGUCUUCCAGCUUACAUGCUUCUAGUUUCACACCAGGUACAUCUCCUACUUCAGUGUCAUCACUUGAUGAAGAUAGUGACAGCAGUCCUAGUCACAAAAAACUAGGAGGGGAGAGUAAGCAACAGCGCAAAGCUAGACAUCGGUCACAUGGUCCUCUUCUUCCAACUAUUGAAGAUUCUUCAGAAGAAGAAGAGCUACGGGAAGAAGAAGAGCUGCUGAAGGAACAGGAGAAACAGCGUGAAUUAGAACAGCAGCAGAGAAAAAGUUCUAGCAAAAAAUCUAAAAAGGACAAGGAUGAAUUGAGAGCUCAGAGAAGAAGAGAACGACCAAAGACUCCACCAAGUAAUCUUUCUCCCAUUGAGGAUGCAUCUCCUACAGAAGAAUUACGACAGGCAGCAGAGAUGGAGGAGCUCCACAGGUCCUCUUGUUCGGAAUAUUCACCUAGUAUUGAGUCAGAUCCUGAGGGAUUUGAAAUCAGCCCAGAAAAAAUAAUAGAAGUACAAAAAGUUUACAAAUUGCCUACUGCUGUCUCUCUGUACUCACCAACAGAUGAACCAACAGCACUCCCUAAAGAAGACAGUGAUCAAAAGACAUUAAAAAGUGCUGAAGAGGUGUAUGAGGAGAUGAUGCACAAGACCCAUAAGUCCAAGUCAUUUCAAAUUGCAAAUGAAAAAGAUGAAGUAUUUGAGAAAGAAUCUCUAUAUGGUGGAAUGCUAAUAGAGGAUUAUAUAUAUGAGUCUUUAGUAGAGGACACUUACAAUGGGACUAUUGAUAGUAAUCUCAUAAUGAGACAAGAUGAGAGCAGUGAAUAUAUACAACAGAGAGGAAAGGAGAAAAAAAUAAGAGCUUCGGAACAGAUCUAUGAAGAACCACAGAAAAUUACUGAUCUACAGAAAGACUACUAUAGCAUUGAGACUUUGCAUUCCAUUGUGCCUCAAGAAGAUAUUGUUUCUAGUUCUUACAUUAUCCCAGAAAGUCAUGAAAUAAUUGUAUUAGACAGCACAGUAACUUCCACUGCUGAGGAAAAGCAUUUGUUAGAUGCAGAAGCUGCUUAUGAAGAGCUUAUGAAAAAGCAAAGAAUGCAGCUAACCCCCGGAUCCAGUCCAACACAACCAACUUCAGGUUUCGUUCCCACAUCUGACACAAAGGUAUCUAGUGCUGGAGAAAUAGUAGAUAGCACGUCUUUAACAUCAAGCACUACUUCAGCAGUCUCAGAUAUAUCACCUGUCAGUAGCACAGCGCUUUCCAUUCCAGAUGUUAAAAUCACACAGCAUUUUACAGCAGAGGAAAUCGAAGAUGAAUACUUAACAGACUACGCCAGAGAAAUUCAAGAAAUAAUUUCUCAUGAAACAUCAAUGUUGACAUACUCUGAGACGUCAGAAGGUGUUGCAUCAGUUUUACCUUCUGAUACAGCCUCCCUAACAUCAUCUACAUCUUCAGUUUGUACCACAGAUAGUUCAUCACCUGUAGAGAGUACAACCACAGGUUAUGUAGAUACAACAGAUGCUGUAAGUAAGCUAGCUGAUUCUGAAGGUGUUAAGGUAACUCAAGUUCCCUUAACAUCUACAGAAAAGUACUCUGAAGUGAGUAUGCCUUAUGAAUCUAUUGGUGAAGCCACUAAAAAGCCACAUAUAGUGUCAGAUGUGGAAAGCAUGCAGCAAACUGCAGUUUGUUUGCCUGAAACUGCAGCUUCAGUGGUGUCAACUACAGUUACAGUAGCCAAACAAUAUCCAACUGAUAGCAUUACUUUUGAUACCUCAAAAGCAGAAAAGGAAGCCACUAGAAAAGUGAUAAGUACAGUACAGGCUGGCCUUGUCAAAAUUCCUCAUGAGGAGUCACAGAAAGAAUUGGGUGUUGAUAUCACAAGGAUUAAUUUGACUAGUGUUACAGCUGAGCCUGUGUGUAUAGCAUCAGUGCCCAUGACAAUGCCUGCAUUAGAAACAUUUUCUGUACCUACUCCCAGCAUUGUGAGUAAGACCAGUAUGGUCUCUGUGCCUUCCUCAGCUCCCGCUGUAACAUCUAAAGUAUUCUCACUCUUUAGAAGCUCUUCUUUGGAUUCUCCGGCACAGCCUUCUCCACCCCCCCCACCUCCUCCUCCACCACCUCCUCCACCACCAUUACCUCCACCUAUCUUACCCAAGCCAGCCAUUUAUCCCAAAAAGAAGUCACAGAUUAAGACUCCAGCAGCAACAGCUCCCACAGUGGUACCUUCAGUCACAAGUGUUCCCACACUUGAGUCCACCACUGUAUUAAAGAACCAUGUGGUACCUAUCACAAAACCACACACCCCAACACCACCUCCCGUACCACCCAAACCGUCCUCCAUUCCAGCAGGGCUUGUUUUCAGUCACAGGCCUGCUGAGGUAACUAAACCUCCAAUUGCUCCCAAACCAGCAGUUCCUCCGCUCCCAAUAACUGUUCAUAAACCAGCAGAAAUACAGCCCAAGCCAACAGGUCUGUCACUGACUUCAAGUAUGACCCUGAAUUUGGUCUCAGCAGCUGAAUACAAAAUAGCAUCUCCCACUUCCCCUUUGUCUCCACACUCUAACAAAUCUUCACCAAGGCUGACAAAACCUUCACAGGAAACCUAUGUUGUCAUCACCUUGCCAUCAGAGCCUGGAACUCCCACAGAAGCUAUAACUAGUCAGGCUGUUACCAGCUGGCCUUCAGAAGCACCCUCUAAGGAACAGAUUGUCCAGCCUAUGCAACCAAUUUUUACUCCAUCCAUGAAAACUACAGAAAUCCAAAGUAUGGCUGAUCAGAGUAUGUACAUUCCAGGUGCUAUGCAAGCUAUUCCCAUCACAACACAAUCAACUUCAAAGUCAGAAGUAGUGACAACAGAUGUAACCAAGACCACUGCAUCUGUGGUUAAAGGCCCAGUGCCUGGUUUUGGUUUAGGUAGUGUAGCUAUCACUAUACCUCCAGAGCCACUACAUAUAGUAGAUCAACCCAGGUAUAGAGAGAAUGGAAGAUUCCAUCCUUUGGGUGAUGUCAUAGAUCUUCGCACUUUAACUAAGAUGAAUAUUGAAGUGAGAGAUAGCUGCAUGGAUUUGUCUGCUGUUUCCAUGGACGUGAGAAGGCAAAUGCCAGCAAGCGACACAUGCGGGCGGUCAGUGAGUACUGUCCAGCCAGCUAUAAUAAAUCUUAGUACCGCAUGUGUUGCUGAUACUACUCUGUCCGUAGUCACUGAGACUGUGACCAUAACAACCUGCACUGCCACUCUAAGCUACACUACCAGUACAGACAGCCUUGUGGAUCUGGGACAUGCGAUGACAACACCGCUUCAGCUAACAACAUCAAAACAUUUUGAGCCUGCACACAGAGUAUCACACAGCCAAGCAUUCUCUGCAGGUAGAGAUGAAGUGCCAAUAAAUUUAUCCCUGGGUACUUCAGCCCAUGCAGUGACAUGGGCUACUACAAAGCCUGUUACUGUACCACCCAUUGGUGUUACAAAUGGUUGGACUGAUCUCUCGGCUUCUCAGGAGCCAGUGGAGAGUGGAGCAGUUGACCUUAGUACUACCAAAUCCCACAGAACAGUGGUAACAAUGGAUGAAAGUACUUCAGGUAUCAUAACAACAGUAAUAGAAGAUGAUGAAAAGCCUGUAGAUCUCACUGCAGGGAGAAGAGCUGUCUGCUGUGAUAUGGUCUAUAAAUUACCAUUUGGUAGGAGCUGUACAGCGCAGCAACCACCAACUACACUUCCUGAAGAUCGCUUUGGUUACAGAGAUGACCAUUAUCAGUAUGAUCGUUCAGGGUCAUAUGGCUACCGAGGAGUGGGAGGUAUGAAACCAUCUAUGUCUGACACAAAUUUAUCAGAAGCUGGACUCUUUGCAUACAAAAGCAAGAAUAGCUUUGAUUAUCGAGUUGGGGCAACUGAUGCAGCAGUAGAUCUUACAUCUGGAAGAGUUACUACAGGUGAGGUUAUGGAUUACUCAAGCAAGACUACUGGUCCUUAUCCAGAGACUCGGCAGGUGAUUUCUGGCAUCGGGCUCAGUACACCACAGUAUUCCCAAGCAAGAAUGGUAUCAUCUCUGGGUUCCCAGUUUGGUGUUGGAAGUGUUUUAAGAUCAUCCAAUGGUGUUGUUUAUUCUUCAGUAGCAACUCCAAUCCCAAGCACAUUUGCCAUCACUACACAGCCUGGUUCUAUUUUCAGCACAAGUGUCAGAGAUUUGCCUGCUAUCCAAACCGUUGACUCAGUGCCCUCUUUAUCAACUUUGCAACAGAGUCAACCACUGCCGAGAUCAUACAGCUUCUUGACAACUGUGGCAGCUGAAAAAGACAGUACAGUUGCUGCCAUUGAUAUGGAGACAGGCUUACCACCUCUUACUAUAGAAACUGUUACUACUGAGCCAACCAGCUUGAUACCUGCUUUAACUACAGCAUCAGAAGUUUAUACAGAUGUAAUUGAAGAUGAGGUUGCCCUUCUCAUUGCCCCUGAAGAAGGCAAACAGCAGCAGCUUGAUUUGGAGCGUGAGCUUCUUGAGCUUGAGAAAAUUAAGCAGCAGCGUUUUGCAGAAGAGCUGGAAUGGGAACGUCAGGAAAUUCAAAGAUUUAGGGAGCAAGAAAAGUUUAUGGUGCAAAAAAAGCUUGAGGAGUUGCAAUCAAUGAAGCAUCAUCUCUUAUUUCAGCAAGAGGAGGAACGGCAAGCUCAGUUUAUGAUGAGGCAAGAGACAUUAGCCCAGCAGCAGUUGCAGCUUGAACAAUUCCAACAGCUUCAGCAACAGCUCCAUCAACAGUUAGAGGAGCAAAAAAUUCGUCAAAUAUAUCAGUAUGGUUAUGACCCUUCAGGAACUGGCUCGCCACAAACUACCACAGAACAAGCACUUCUGGAAGGACAAUAUGCAACCACAGAAAAUGGCCAGUUUUGGCCUACUGAUGAUGCAACCACUACAGCUUCAGGAGUGCUAGGUAUUGAAAUUCCACAAAGCCAAACGUGGUAUACAGUUCAGUCUGAUGGUAUCACCCAAUAUAUACCCAGGUCUGGUAUCCUAAGCUCUGUUUCAGAAAUGUCUCUUAAGGAUAUUGAUGUUAGAGAGGAAAAACAAUUGAAAAAGAGAAGCUCUAUGCCAAAAUUACGUGGUCCGUAUGAGGAGCUUGAGGAGACGCUGGAAGAAGAGCCCCGGUGCUUCAAAAAGAUAGUGGACAGUGGUGUGCAAACUGAUGAUGAAGAUGCAGCAGACAGAGGUUACACAAACAGGAGGCGGAGAAGUAAGAAGAGUGUUGAUACAAGUGUUCAGACAGACGAUGAAGAUCAAGACGAGUGGGAUCUUUCUAGCAGAUCAAGAAGGAAGCCUCGUGUGGGGAAAUACAGUGAGAGUACCACUGAUGCAGACAAAGCUAAACAGUUCUCCAAAGUGUCUAGUAUUGCAGUUCAGACGGUGGCAGAGAUUUCAGUACAGACAGAACCUGUAGGAACAAUAAGAACACCUUCAAUCAGGGCCCGAUUGGAUGCUAAGGUUGAAAUCAUAAAACACAUUUCCGCUCCAGAAAAGACAUAUAAAGGAGAAAGUUUGGGAUGCCAAACGGAGACAGAGUCAGAUUCCCAAAGUCCCCAAUAUCUGUCAGCUUCAUCUCCUCAGAAGGAUAAAAAACGCCCAACACCUUUAGAGAUAGGAUAUUCAUCCCACCUUCGGCCAGACUCCACGUUGCAGGUAGUCCCUUCCCCUCCAAAAUCUCCCAAGGUUCUCUAUUCACCCAUUUCACCUCUUUCACCAAGCAAAGUUAUAGAGUCAGCAUUUGUACCCUAUGAAAAACCCAUCACUGAUGACAUCAGCCCUCAGAAGAUGCUGCAUGCUGACAUUGCCAAGGGUCCUCCACCAAGCCCAAAGGCUGCAAAGAUGAUGCAACGCUCUAUGUCUGAUCCCAAGCCCCUGAGUCCCACAGCAGAAGACAGUUCCAGAGCUCAGUUUCAGUACACUGAGGGUUUCAUGACAAAAGGUUCUUCAAGCAUAACUCCAUCAGGCACUCAAAAGAAAGUCAAGAGGACUCUGCCCAACCCACCUCCAGAGGAAGCAACAGCAGGAACUCAGUCGCUAUAUACUUCUGUGGGAUCAGUUUCACGCAGAAGGAUUUGUAGGACAACCACUAUGGCCAGAGCCAAAAUUCUUCAGGAUAUAGAUAGGGAGUUGGAUCUGGUUGAACGUGAAUCAGCCAAGCUUAGGAAGAAGCAAGCAGAGCUAGAUGAGGAGGAAAAAGAAAUAGAUGCCAAGCUGAGAUACUUGGAAAUGGGCAUUAAUAGGAGGAAAGAAGCCUUACUAAAAGAAAGAGAAAAGAGAGAGCGUGCCUAUCUCCAAGGAGUAGCAGAAGAACGUGAUUAUAUGUCAGACAGUGAAGUUAAUAAUACCAGGUCAACCAGAAUAGAAACUCAGCACGGCUUGGAAAGACCACGUACUGCACCCCAGACAGAAUUUAACCAGUUUAUGCCACCACAAACCCAGCCAGAAACACAGUUUGCCCCUGCUACCAGCCCAUAUGCACAAUAUCAGUAUUCAUCUCCUGCCCUGCCAACUCAAGCACCAACUCAGUUCACACAACAAUCACACUACCAGCAGCAGCAGCCGUUGUAUCACCAGCAGGUUUCACCCUAUCAGACCCAGACAGCUUUCCAGACAGGAGCUUCUAUGUCCUUUACUCCACAGGCUCAACCUCCACCGUCUCAGCAGCCAUCGUAUCAGCUCCCUUCGCAGAUGAUGGUGAUACAGCCAAAGCCAAGACAAACCACAUUGUAUUUGGAGCCUAAGAUAACAACAAACUAUGAUGUAAUUCGCAAUCAGCCUCUCAUGAUAGCUCCAGUUUCAACUGACAAUAGUUAUGCAGUAAAUACUCUGGGCAGUAAAUAUUCUACCUUGGAUUUAAGGAUAGGACUAGAUGAGAGGAACAGCAUAGCAAGCAGCCCUAUAUCAAGCAUAUCUACAGAUUCAUUCUAUGCAGAUAUAGACCACCACCACACACCUCGAAAUUAUGUGCUGAUUGAUGAUAUAGGGGAACUUACUAAAGGAACAGGAACACUUGGUUCCAGUUUUAGCCUCCAUGAGAAAGAUCUGACCAAAACAGAUCGACUGCUUCGCACAACUGAGGCCAGGAGAGCGCAGGAGGUGUCAGACUUCCUAGCACCACUGCAGACUUCUUCUAGGUUACAUUCCUAUGUUAAAGCUGAUGAAGACCCAAUGGAGGACCCUUAUGAGCUCAAACUCUUGAAACACCAGAUAAAACAAGAGUUCCGUAGAGGUGCAGAAAGUCUUGAUCAUCUGUCUGGCCUGUCACAAUACUACCAUGCAGAGGGCAGCUACAGGCACUUCCCAAAAUCUGAGAAAUAUAGCAUAGGUAGACUCACUCUUGAGAAGCAGGCUGCUAAGCAGCUCCCAGCAGCCCUCCUUUACCAGAAGCAGUCAAAACACAAGAAAGCUUUGAUAGACCCCAAACUGACAAAGUUUUCACCUAUCCAAGAAAGCAGAGACCUUGAGCCUGACUAUUCAAGCUAUAUGACUUCUAGCACUUCAACACUUGGGGGAAUUACAACUAGGGCAAGGCUUCUUCAGGAUGAUAUCACUUUUGGCCUUAGAAAAAACAUCACUGACCAACAGAAAUACAUGGGGCAACCACUGACUUCAUCCAUUGGAGCAGGCCUUGGGACAGCACUAGGUCCAACAAUGAGAUCCGCAUUACAAGAUGAAGCAGAUAAGUCUUAUAGCAGUGGUAGUAGAUCUAGGCCCUCAUCCAGACCCUCCUCAGUUUAUGGGCUUGAUUUGUCAUUGAAAAGGGAUUCUUCCAGUUCUUCUUUAAGACUGAAAGCCCAAGAAGAACCCUUAGAUGUUUCCUUUAGCCAUGCCGCACCUUCUGGAAGAACUAAACCAACCAGUCUACCUAUUAGCCAAAGCAGGGGGAGGAUCCCAAUAGUAGCGCAGAACUCAGAGGAGGAGAGCCCACUGAGUCCCGUUGGCCAGCCAAUGGGAAUGGCAAGAGCAGCAGCUGGACCCUUGCCACCAAUAUCCGCAGAUACCAGGGACCAAUUUGGAUCGAGCCAUUCAUUACCUGAGGUCCAGCAACAUAUGAGGGAGGAGUCACGGACUCGAGGCUAUGAUCGAGAUAUAGCCUUCAUCAUGGAUGACUUCCAGCAUGCCAUGUCAGACAGUGAAGCCUAUCAUCUCCGUCGUGAAGAAACAGAUUGGUUCGACAAGCCCAGGGAGUCACGUUUGGAGAAUGGACAUAUCAUUGACAGAAGGCUGCCAGAGAAGUUAUCCCACUCUCGUCCACCAAGUCAGCACCAAGACCAAGUAAGCUGUCAAAUAAAUGGGAAGCCCCUGCAGUAUAUUUUCCCUCAUACAAGACUCAAACUACUGAGAGACCCAAAGGAUCACACAGUUUCAGGCAAUGGCCUGGGAAUACGAGUUGUAGGUGGGAAAGAAAUUCCUGGAAGCAGUGGGGAGAUUGGAGCUUAUGUUGCCAAGAUCUUGCCUGGGGGCAAUGCAGAGCAGACCGGGAAGCUGAUAGAAGGAAUGCAGGUGCUGGAAUGGAAUGGAAUCCCCUUGACUGGGAAAACUUAUGAAGAAGUCCAGAGCAUUAUUAUUCAGCAGAAUGGGGAAGCAGAAAUAUGUGUAAGACUGGACCUAAACAUGCUCUCAGACUCUGAGAAUCCCCAGCAUCUGGAGCUGCAUGAGCCAGUAAAGGCAGUAGAUAAAGCGAAGUCCCCAGGGGUUGAUCCCAAGCAGCUGGCUGCAGAGCUCCAGAAGGUUUCUCUACAGCAGUCACCUCUGGUUGCUUGCUCAGGAGUGGAAAAGGGAUCUCAUGUUCAUUCUGGAACCACUUCUGCCACCUCUAGCUCUGUUCCCAGCCCUGGUCAGCCGGGUUCUCCCUCAGUGAGCAAAAAGCGGCACAGCAGUAAGCCCACAGAAACCACAAAGUCUGCUUCCCAUCCAAUCACUGGAGAAAUUCAGCUUCAAAUCAACUAUGACAAACACCUUGGCAACCUUAUCAUCCAUAUCCUUCAGGCAAGAAACCUGGCUCCUAGAGACAACAAUGGCUAUUCAGACCCCUUUGUUAAAGUUUAUCUUCUUCCAGGGAGAGGACAAGUCAUGGUUGUCCAAAAUGCAAGUGCUGAGUACAAGAGGAGAACUAAGCACAUACAGAAAAGCUUGAAUCCCGAGUGGAAUCAGACUGUCAUUUAUAAGAACAUCUCUGUGGAGCAGCUGAAAAAGAAAACACUGGAAGUGACUGUCUGGGAUUAUGAUAGAUUCUCCUCCAAUGACUUCCUUGGUGAAGUAUUGAUCGAGUUAUCCAGCAUCUCCCAGCUUGACAAUACUCCUCGGUGGUACCCUCUGAAAGAACAGAGUGAAAACACUGAUCAUGGGAAAUCUCAUUCUGGACAGAGUAGCCAACAAUCUCCAAAACCAUCUGUCAUCAAAAGCAGAAGUCAUGGAAUCUUCCCAGACCCCUCCAAGGACAUGCAGGUGCCCACCAUUGAGAAAUCCCACAGCAGUCCAGGGAGCUCCAAAUCUUCCUCUGAAGGACAUCUGCGCUCUCACGGUCCAUCUCGCAGCCAAAGCAAAACCAGCGUCACUCAAACCCACCUUGAAGACGCUGGGGCAGCCAUCGCCGCUGCUGAAGCAGCUGUCCAACAGCUUCGCCUUCAACCAACAGCACAUAAAAGCGGUCAGUCUAAUCAUGCCAGGAAGCAGCACAGACACAGCAUAGCAGGAGUCCUCCCUAUUCAAAGAACUCAGUCUGACAAUCUGCCUCCACCAGCCAAUGACAACAAAGACCAAAGCCAACUAGCCCUCAGGAAAGUGAUGUCUGAUGGACCAGUCAAGCCUGAAGGAGCAAGGUCGACUAACCACCGACCUGCAGAAAGCUCUGUCUCCACUGGCUCGUCGGUCAGCAGUUUUGGCAGUGGAUACAGCAUGGAUAGUGAAGGCAGCAGCAGUGCCACAGCAGAGAACAAUCUCUUUCCCAUACCAAGAAUAGGGAAGAUGAGCCAGAAUGGACAAGAACCAGUAAAGCAGUCGGGAGUAGGAUUAACUGAUGCAGAAGGUAAAACACAGGUUAUGGGUGAAAUCAAAAUUGCGUUAAAGAAGGAAAUGAAGACAGAUGGAGAACAGCUGAUAGUAGAAAUCCUUCAGUGCAGAAAUAUCACAUACAAAUUUAAAUCUCCAGAUCACCUACCAGACCUGUAUGUGAAGCUGUACGUUGUCAAUAUCUCUACUCAAAAAAGAGUAAUUAAGAAGAAAACCAGGGUAUGCAGGCAUGACCGAGAGCCUUCGUUCAAUGAAACAUUUAGAUUUAGCUUGAGUCCUGCUGGGCAUUCUCUUCAGAUACUGCUUGUCUCCAAUGGAGGAAAAUUUAUGAAAAAGACACUGAUUGGGGAAGCUUAUAUCUGGCUUGACAAAGUGGAUCUAAGGAAAAGAAUAGUAAACUGGCACAAACUGUUGGUCAGCUCCACACAAGCACACUGAGCAGAGCUGUCUGCUUAGGGCACAAAACCUGCAGAGUCUGCUACAAACAGCAUCACUCCAAGACUAUAGUUUGAUAUCAUUGUGUUUAGCUAGUCUUUCAGAAUACAAAGUAGAAAAGAGCAGUCUCUGGGCUACGUAGCACACUCAAAUGAGGGCUAGUACACUUGUUUUGCUGCAAAAGACAGCAAAGAAAAUCUGGGCCCAGAAUUUAAAGUGAGGCUGUUUGAAAUGAAGACUGAUACAAGGGCUCCAAGAUGUUGGACUCUUUGUGAAGAGAGUAACUGGAAAGGAAAUAAUGAAGGCUGGAAGGCAGAUGUUAAAGCAGAGCUCGGCUGCAGCUGGAGAUAGUGUGAUGGAAAGAGCAUUCUGGUUUUCUAUGCAACCAGAAAGAGAUCACUUUAUGCAAAAGCACCUAGGGUGACUGACUUUCCAAACAGCACUUAUCAGAAGUGCCAAACACGUUCCUCUGCACCUUAGGAUCUCUGAUAAUUUGUUGAAGUGAGAUUAUGCCACUUGACACAAACUGCAAGGUGUUUGCAAGAGUGGUGAAGUUAUUUUAUAUUACUUUUUCCCCCCCUUCUUUUCCUUUAAAAACUAUGCUAUGGAGAAACAGAUCUCAUUGUUUCAUUUGUUUCUGUCUGUUAACAAUGGAUAUAAACCACUGUCCUAGGAUGUAACAGAUAGAAUUGUGUUAAUGGUCUGUAAUUUGGGAUGUGCUUUUAAAGAGAAAGGACAGGAUGAAAACUGCACCACACCGGGAAGAAAAAAAUGCUGUUUUGAUGUCGAUGACACUGUACUUCACCUCGCCUUUCAAAUUAGAAACUGUAAAAUUCUUUGAGUUGAAAACUGUAGGAAAGUUUGGAACUGAAGAAGUUUAAGUACUGGGACCAACACAAUCGUUUCCACUAGUGCUUGCAUUUUUCAGCAACCAGUCUUAGUCUGAAAAAUGUACAGAGAUGAGGAAUUGUAGGCAUUAUUUUGUGGGCACUUUGGAACAGCAGACUCACCACGCUAACACCAAGGUACAGUGUUAAUACCAGUGACAUACUUGAAACCUAAAGGGAAGGGAUAGCAGAAUAGUUACUCCCUGGAGGCUAUCACAUUACAGAGAAUUAAGACUGUCUUCUAGUUGCCUCAGGUCUGAGCAUAAUCCACUUAACAUCAAGGCUUCUCAAUUAGAAAAGAAGUAAAUAGGAAUGUAAAUUGUAGCGUUUGAGAUUGUGUCAGCAUUUUCAUGCUUUUAGAGCCACACUUUCAGGAGCUUGAAGCCGAUCAAUUAAAUCACUAGUUCCUGGGAUACCUUAGGCUGGUUGUAUUUUCCUUCAUACCUUUGUGGAAGAAAAAUGGAGAGCUUUGUUUCCUAUUUCUAAAGGUAAAGUAGAUCCUUUAAAAGAAAAAUAAACCACACAAGAGUCAUCAUGGUACUCAGAAGUCAUGGUUGCUCAGAAGUCGUGUAAUAUUUCACUGCUUCAUUAGAAAGUAGUUUCCCUGGAACUUCAAUCUCACGACCUUUGCAUGUUUAAAAAAGAAAAUGACCAUAUUUUUGCACUUCAGACAUUUCUUUUUCUUGCCCAGUAAGGACUUUCACAGGUUAUUUAUUAGGCAUCUUCUUAUAUUUUCUGAAAUUUUGUAGCAUACUUCCACAGAUCGUGUAACCCCAACUGAAAAUAUUACCCCAGAAUAUACUAUGCUUUAAAAAAAAAAAAAAAAAAAAAAAGAGAAAGAAAAAUAAGGCUUAGUUUAUUCGGAAUCUAGACUGACCGUGCAAAAGCUAUACCACUUAAUCCAGUGACACUCUCACGUGCAGGUUUUGAGUUAGCUUAAUCAAAAUAAGAGAAAGGAAAAAGAUUAUGAGAAGAAACAUGGAAUCUAUGCUACAUGCACCAAGAAAACUCCUGUUAGUCAUCAAUAACCUGCUGGUAGCCUGCUUGACUUGCAGGUGGAGCAAUCUUAACACAGUCUUACUACACACAAGACAACAUCACCGACAGUGGAAGUAAGAUAUGUGCUUUAAUAGUGAAUUUCAUGCUUUCACGAGUAAAUGCAUACCCUACCUCUCAUAUAUUAAAAAAAACAAACAUUCCUCUGCAGUUGUUGUAAGCAUCCUCUAUGUUUUGAUGUUGUAUAUGUUUUUGUAAGACAAAUGUUUCAAAGCCCUCAACUGAACCAAAAAAAAAGCCUGCGCGGAUAUACCUGUGUUGCUCUUUGGGUGGGUUAUUUUGUAUUCCUGACGGCUAUAAUGCAUACUUUCAUUGAAAGAAGCCCAAAAGUUCAAAAUAAUAAAAACCCCAAAACAGUCCUGUUUCAAGUACUGUGUGAAGUCCAAGCCAUGAGGUGUGCAAUUUUGUGCAAACUGCUGGUAAUUUUGCUCUAAGGUUUGCUAUAAAAACAGCACAUGACUCUAGUAGUUGCUAUGGAGAUUUCCAGCAGAAACAAGCAGUGUCUGGCUGCCUUACUGGGAAGCCUGUAAUCAGCACUCUUAACUGAGAAAGCAGACAGGUGUGUUUUAUUCUCCCACACAGACAAAUGUGGCCAACGUUUUUCUAAAGUAGCUGGUUAAGGUGGUACAGCUGUGGCGGUGUGGAACGGCUAUCUUCGUGGGAUAAACAGCUGUCAGCAAAGGGGUUCAUUCAAGCAUCUUUGAUUCUCUGAACAACACACAAACUGUUUCUGCAUGUCAAAAUGGCAAUCUGGGCUCCUAUCAUGUAGUGAAAGGUUGGAGCUUGUCAGGAACGUGGCACUGCCUUGGUCAGGUACGGCAAGGACAGGGCUCCUUUGGUGUAACUCAGGAUGGGCUAAGGACCUGGGCCCACACACUCUCUUUCCUGAGGCAGCAUCAGAGGUCAAAGGAUGCUUUCAAAGUGUGCCAAGUUCCUUUUUGACCAAAUUUCUAGGUUGCACUAGAAUCACUCUAUGCAACACAGAUUCAUGUUCUCCUUUCCUUUUUUUUUUAAAAGUGUGUGUGUGUUUUGUGCUUUUGUUUUCUUGUUUCAUGAAUAAAGUCAGGAAAAGCUCACUUCUGACAAGGUCUUUCAGAAAAAUAAUCAAACAAGGACUAUUAGUUUUUUUUUUUUUUUUGCUUUUCUUUGUAUAUAACUCAGUUUUUGUUGUUUUUUUUCUCAUUAAUGGUUUUUUUUUUUCUUUUAUCUGGCCAAAAGUGCAUAGAUGUGGCAACAACUUUUAUCAUCCCUGGUUCUUGGUUUUGUUUUUUAAUUCAUAAAUCCGCUGAGUCAAUGGAGAUUGAAGCUGCUUCUGUGUUCAAGGUCUUGUACAGUGGAAACAAGCUGAAAAAUGAGCAAAAGCACAGUGUGUGUGUUUACAAAUGACAGGGAUUUCUCAUGUUACCAUUAUUGUUAUCAUCAUGCAUACAGUGAGUAGCAAACAACCACUUUGUUUUUUCCAGAAGAGAUAUGAGAGUUUCUGUGAUGAAUGUUGAGCUAGUUCUUUCCCAUUACACUUUAAAGGGAUAGUAUCCAGGGGCAAUGAGUGCUGCUUCUUUAUUAUUACCCAUGUUUUUACAUUACAUGGAUCCUGUAUGAAAGAAACAUAACCCCAAUCCAAACCAGUGGAAGUCAGUAACAACCAAUUUCUUGACUAACACUGGCUUUAAAUCAAGAACUAGGAAAUAUCCAACUUAUUUUUCUGGAUGCUGGGUUUUCACAUGGUUAGGCUGUGGGACAUGGUAGCUGGUAACCAGCUGAUACUGAUUCUUACUUAGAGGGAGGUAUCCCUGCCUAUGGCAGGGGGUUGGAACUGGAUGAUCUUUGAGGUCCCUUCCAACCUAAACCGAUCUAUGAUGAUGAAGAAAAAGAAGACAUCUAUUAUAUUGUAAGCUAGUGUGUUCCCAAUAAAUAAUAUUUAAUUAGGAUUUAGUUUCAUGGAGAUAUCAUAAAGAUGUUAAUAGUAUUUUUAAAAAUUAUUAUUUGAAUCAUAACUGACACUAUUUUUAAGUACUUUAUUUUCAUUGCUACAAUGCUGAAUGUCACAGAUUUCAUUAUUUGAGUAUAUAUCUAGAUAUGUACAUACCUGUGUGAAUAACAGAGAAGAUUUGCAUUAGUGUGAGUGUAACUUAUAAAGGUAAUGAAGCAGAGAGGAAAUUUAGUGUAAGUUUCCACAUACAUUAUAUUUAAACCCUAGACCUACAUGCCCUGUGAAUUUUUAGUACACCUGGCAUCUAGGGUCAGUUGCUAUUUGUAAAUCCACGUUGCCUUUAGAAGGAAAAUAGAAGGAAUAAAUAAAACCGGAUACUCUCUCUUUAAAUCAUAAGAAGCAUUUUAAUAUUUUCUAUAUGUUCCAUUUUAUUAUUUUGAAAAAUAAAAAAAAGAAGAAAAUAUAUUGAUGAGCUCAAAAGUUAUAAUAUAUAUAGAUAUCCAUAACUCAAAAUAGAUGAUUUCAGCAAAAGCAGUUUUCUUAAUUUGUUACCCUGUAAAUAAGUAUACAUUUUUGUAAACCAAACUGAGUUUAAAUUGACUCCAUUAGAAAUCCAAGCAUGUGAAUGUGUCCUUAUUUGAUUGUACCUUCUAAGUGUCCAGUGAUGUGCUCAGGUGCUCAAAAACGGCUGACUAGCGUGUGUGCUGUCAUGCUACAGACAAUGUGUACAGCAUACCCAACAUGACAGAAAAAAAAAAUCCAAACCCACUAAAACACCUCACCAAAAAUAAUUAAAAACAAACAAAAAAAAAGAAAAAUAAAAAAAAAGAGAAAAAAAAAAAGUAGUCCUUGGAGAAAUGUAAUGUUUCCACAGUGAAUGUUGCAUGCAUAGAUGAUGGUUUGUUGAUACUCAUUUUACUUUGGAUUUACUUUAAUAUUCAUUUUGUGUCCAGAUUCAUCAGGUUAAAAAAAAAAAAAGGCAGACUUGUUCUGGAAGUUGUAAAAACUGAAACAAAACCAGUAUGAGAACUGUAUACAAAAAGAAAAAAAAUAUGCUUGUAAAUCUGUCUCAAUUUUCACUUUAUGUAUAAACCCAUGUCAUGGUUUUGUGAUUGUAUACAGGAUGUAUCUUGAGACUUUAUGCAAAUCGUGCUGUAUAAAGGCUGUUAUCCCAGCCUGAGAAAUAAAUAUUUAAAAUACCUGG